AACCGUCACUAUGAGUGCAUUGCAUUAUAUGCUUGAGUCAUUCUUACACUGUGGAUUGCUUCAAACGGGGGACAUGCUGUGCUUGUGUGGUGAACAACUGAACAAUGUUUGUUGAUAGAUGUGGACCUGCUCAAGAUGCUGAAGUUUGAAAGUCGAUUGGUACAAGUGCGUCAGGCGUGUGUACCAGCUGAAUUUCCAGAAAACAAAGAGAAAAUGCUUGAAAUCCAAUCAUUUCAGAAAUUCCUCCAAAAGCUAAGGUUGCUGAGUGGGCUGGCAAAAGAAGCAGUUUUCUACAACCUCCGAGUUCCAGACCAGUUUCAGAAAUCCAAAGAGGAAAUCAAUGUGGUUGUUCUCACAGGACAAGGAGUGUUCUGUCUGGAUCUGAGGAAUUGGCGGGGUAAGGUAUCCAUGCAGGAUGACUUUUGGCUGCUAGAAUCACCAGAGAGCUCAGAAAUGAUCAAAAACACUUCAGUCAAACAAUUUGCUGAUCCCGUCCAGAGAAUUAAGACCAAAACAUCCAAUUUGUGGAAUCACCUGAUGAAAAAUGGUGUGUGUCUCCGCCAGACUGUCUUCUUUCCGCGAGUGGUCUUUCUGAAUCCCAGCUCUGAACUGGACCCAGAACUGCUACAGAUAAAUGAGGUCAUAGCUCCGUGCAAUGUGGAAUCCUUUCUUUGUUCUUUUAAAGAAGGCUACAUGAAAUGGAUCGCUGAUAUUAUCACACCGCAUUGGCUGUCUGGUCACUUAUCAUUUCGGCAUAUCUGUGAUUUGAAAGAGGUACUCGGCAGGAUUGGUACCUGGGAUCUUUUGGACCUGAAUGGUGGGCAGAGGUUGAUAGGCGACUACCUUGGCUGUCAACACAUAGCUUUGAAUCGAGAGGAGGCAGACGAACUUGAAUUUUCACACCACAGAAAUUUGUCUGCAGGAUACCUCUGGGCUCUGCUAGGCUUUUCACCCCAGGUGACUGUCAAGAUGUACAAGCGAGGGGGUCACGGCUGGUUAUGGAGGCCUGUUUGUAGCACAGUGGUUAUCCCGUACAACUCCCACGUCAAAUUCAGGGUCUGCGGAGAGGACACAGAUGCAAAGAUCCCAGCCAACAACAUCGACAGAAUCAUCCUGAGCAUAUGAAAUUGAUUUCGGUAUUAAACUGGCCAUGGCAGCUGUGCCACAUUAUUACAAUAAUGUGCAGCCAUUUUUCAUUGAUCAGUUAAUUUGUGUUCUUCAGCUAAUCGAAACACAAAUCUCAUUAGCCUUAGGUCAGCGGGCAUGAAAAAAGGGAAAAUUCAUUUUGAUAGCCUAGUUGGCUGCAAAAAUGCAAAGCAUUAAGGCGUUUGAGUGCACUAGGAGCUCCAGUUUAAAAAAAGUGUGUCGACACCCUGGUAAUUCAUAACUAGAGGACAACUUUUCAUUGUUAGUGCAAGUGUGGUCAGUCAGACGAGAUACGAGUUGAAGCUUUGGAUUAUAAAUGCAUGUCAGGUGCUUAAAUUUUAAACAAAAAAGUUUUAAUUAACACCACAGUUAGUUAAGGUUUUCAAAGAGAUCAUUUCCGUUCUGUUGAUUGUUCUCCGUUUACUUCUAAGCAGCCCACUGUUGAUCCUUAUUAAAAAUGAGAAGUGUAUUAUGUGCUGAAAAUAUAUUUUUUAAAAUGACUAGAAUUAAUCACCAUCCUUUUUCAAAAGAGCAAAAUGUGCCAUUUUUUUGUUUUUUCACCUGGAAAGUAUUAUGAAGUAAAAUUAGUUCCUUUUAGCAUUUUAAAUGAAAAUUUUACUCUGCGAAUGUUAGAAGUGAAAAGCUAAUAGGUACUGACUUUACGGUUUUGCAGUAUUUAGCCUGGGGGAGACUCGGGGAAGAUUUAACUGGGAAUUACAUCAGUAGAAACACUGUGACAACAACUCACAUUUGUACAGUGUCUUUCAUGUAAAAGAAUGUCUCGAAGCCCUUUCAAAUAUGGUGGUGUUCACCAAGAGGGGAAAUAAGAGAUUUAAAGAUGCUGAUCAAAGACUGUCAAAGAAGAUGUAUUUUUAAAGCAGGGUUUUAAACGCAGGGAGAGAGACAGCAAAGGUUUUAGUAGAAGGUUCCAAAGGAAAGCAGGAAAAUCAGAAUGUUUCCCGACACUGGCAGAAAAGAGAAGGUUAAUAUUCACUGGGCAGAGCUCCUGUGUACGUAAUGUCUAUUGUGUUUUUCUUUUUGCAACGCAGGGGAACAACGUGCCCUUGCAGCUAGUUUGUCUCUUACAAGGUUUCCACAGAAGAAAUUGGUAAUAUUAUUGCCCCAUGCUUAGCUGGAGUCUUGUCCGGUCCUUGGUAGGAUUCCAAUGUACAUUGCAGUUAAAUGCUGCCAGGGUGUUGAAGUUGUCAAAGGGGCACAAGAGAAACCAGCUUCCUCAUGGCCUGCUCUCUGACACCACCUAUGAUACAGAACAUUGUGCGGCAGCUCAGUAGUGAUGACAGUUUCCCCUCUUUCCUGAGGCUUGGCGAUUGCUUUUUACUAUUGGCAAUAGGAACACAAGAACAUAAGAAUUAGGAGCAGGAGUAGGCCAUUCGGCCCCUCUAGCCUGCCCCGCCAUUCAAUAAGAUCAUGGCUGAUCUAUUCUAACUCCACCUCCCUGCCUUAUCCCUAAUAGGAGCCAGCGGUAAUGUGGGUUCAUACAGACAGCUAACAGACAAAUGAAUGUUACAGCUUUCAAUCCUCACACUCUAGAAAUGUAAGGUAUUUGCAUUGAAACGUUUAUUAAGUAAUGUGCGGCAGUGAAUGAUCCAGUUAACCAUCACCAACUCACAUGUUGCAAUGCGGUCCCUCUGGCAUUACAACGUGUUAACAACCGAGUAUCAGACUUUCAAAUUUUGAACUUGACCUACCUUUCAAAUAUAACAUUAAAUAUUUAAUUGCAGAAAUGUAAUGUAAUAAUGGUAACCUUUUGUCAGGAGUGAAUGCAAUAAACCACUCCCGCACUUUGAUUAAAGGCCUUGAUCUUUAAUCAGCGCAGGAGCCAUAUAUUGCUUCAUUCAUUUCUCACAAACAGAAGUUAUCACUCCACUGAAAUAUAUGACUGAAAUGUUACUUUUAGAAAUGAAUGGAAAAUGUACAAAUCUGUACCUUUAGGCUUUCAAUCCUUCUGCAUCCGUUCUGACUUUAGUGCUUUUAUAUUUAUUCUGGAUUGUCCUCUCUUCCUCCAUGUUGAAAGGGGGUGGUGAGGGCUGAAAGACUUAUAGGAUACUUGCUUACAUGAUUGGCCAAAUGCUUGAAGAAUUCAUCUGCCAAAAAAUAAAGUUAAAUAAUGUUUAGUAUCAGUAAUGUUUUGCUAGAGCCCACACAUGUCUACAUGAUUGAUAUUAAAGAGCAUAACAUUUAGAUUCAGGGAAGUUUAUUCAGUCUAUCAAGUUUGUCCAAUAUCUGUCCUACCUCCCCAUCACCACAAUACAGAUCUAAGGGAGAUGAGUCGUCAUAGGUUAAAACUUCCAAGAAGAUUAAAGAUCUGUGAACAUCCUGUCUGACCAUUAAAGCUACAGGCGCAAAUAACUCUGGAAAGUUACAUGCCAGAGGUGACACAAUGCUGGUGCCGGGAACAUUGGAAGAAAGAAUGAGGUAUGUGAUACGACGACUGGUGAUACCACUAUGUAUGUGCUAAUUAUCAUAUCACAACCAAUAUUCUCUCCUCCAAUUCCCCCCCAAGUCAGGGAUUCUGAUUUGUGGUUUUAUCACUGAGGACAGAUUCCAGAUAGAACUACGGGAUCUUGGAAGAUAGUGGAAUUUAGAGAAGAAAGUCCUGUGUCGUGGUAUUUCUGAACAAAGUUCCCCACUGAAUGUAUAUCUAGUGAAUGUUAAUUAAUCAGAUUUGAUUCCUUUUCGAUUUUUGCCAUGGUCAAGGAUGCCUGUAUAUUGUUUUCUGUCAUUAACUUACUUUUAUCCAUAUUUAAAUCCAUAUGUGUCCUUCAGACCAUCCAAAUAUCUGAAUCCUACCGUCUCCCUUAAACAUCUGUUGUCAAAUAGCUUGUAAUUAUCAAUAAAUAUUGGAAUAUUAUUAGAAAA